AUGGCUGAUAAUUGGCAGGACUCGUUUGAGUCUGUCGAAUAUGCGGCUCUCACUAAGCGUUUCAAAGACUUUAGGACUGUUGAUUGGGUCCAGGAGGCCUAUAAAGAGAAUAAAGGCUACUAUAAAGAACUGAUAAAAUCAAGGAUAGAGACUCCCAUUGAGAACGAGACUAUAUCCAGUACUUUCAGCAUUUCUCAGCAGAAUACAGAUACGGUCCUUAUAGAUGAUGGCAGUUCCACCGAUUAUGAUGAAUCUCGUGGCAAUAGUCAGAUGCCUACAAUAGAUGCCACUCUGGUUGAUGAUGACUCCGCUCCUAUACUGCAGAACUUCAAUAAUUUUCGGCACGAGGUCAACAAGUUUAAGGUGAUCAAGAGCAGACUUUGGAUCACUUUCCAGGUUUGGUUGGCUCUUACUUUGAUUGGUGGUUCAAUCGGUACCAUUGCUGGUUGUCUUAACAUCAUCACCGAAUGGCUAGGUGAUCUAAAAGAAGGUUACUGUUCGACUUCCUUCUAUUUGAAUAAGAAUUUCUGCUGUUGGGAGGAAAAGGCAGAGCAAUGUUCUAAUUGGGUCCCGUGGUCUCAGUUUGCCUUAGGUCGAUACCUAGUUUACAUAAUCUUUUCUGUGCUCUUUGGCUCCAUAUCUGCCUUAUUAUGCAAAUACUAUGCACCAAACGCCGCUGGUUCUGGUAUUUCAGAAGUCAAAUGUAUUGUUUCGGGAUUUGUAACCAGUGGCUUCUUGGGUUGGUGGACUCUUUUCAUCAAAAGUAUAGGCCUACCACUUGUCAUUGCAUCUGGCUUAAACGUUGGUAAAGAAGGCCCAAGCGUCCAUUAUGCUGCAUGUGUUGGUAACGUUGUUGCCAAACUCUUUCACAACUUUGAGCGCUCCUAUAUGCACCACUCCCAAUUUCUAACUGCUGCAGCUGCAGCAGGUGUUGCUGUGGCCUUUGCUUCUCCAAUUGGUGGUGUCCUAUUUAGUAUAGAGGAGAUUACCUCUAAUUUCAAGCUUUCGACUAUGUGGGAAAGCUAUUACUGUGCUCUAGUGGCCACAGGAACUCUUUCUGCUAUGAACACUUUUAGAACAGGACAGAUAGUAAUCUUCCAGGUCACUUACGACACCACUUGGAGAUAUUUUGAGGUUCCAUUCUUUAUCGCACUUGGAAUCUUCGGUGGUAUCUAUGGAAUUGUGGUCUCCAAGUUCAACAUCAAGUGUAUCGCUUUCAGAAACAGAUACAUUAAAAAUCAUCCUGUUAAAGAGGUGGCACUCUUAUGUCUUUUUACCGCCGUCAUUGGUUACUUCAGUGAGUUUAUCAGACUGGACAUGACUGAGGCUAUGGAGAUCUUGUUUCACGAAUGCCGUAGAAAGAAUAACGAAAUUGGUGGUCUCUUUGAGCAUCGAAUUUGUGAAGCUGCUUCGUCCAAGGGACGUUUGAUCUCUACUGUCAUUAGUCUACUCUAUGCUACUUUACUAAGAAUGUUCUUAGUGGUGAUCUCUUACAAUAGCAAGAUUCCCUGUGGUAUAUUUGUUCCCUCGAUGGCAGCAGGUGCCACCUUUGGUAAGGCAGUGGGAUUGAUUGCUGAGGCUCUGUUCAAUGACUCUAAGUGUCACUCUAGUGACCCUGGAGAUCAGUGUAUUAUAUCUGGAACUUAUUCAUUUUUAGGAGCCGCCGCUGCCCUUUCUGGUAUCACCAAUUUAACUUUGGCUGUGGUAAUCAUUAUGUUUGAGCUUACAGGAGCUUUGAAGUACGUUAUUCCUACUAUGAUUGUGGUUGGAGUCACCAAAAUAGUUGGAGAUCUGUUCGGUCUUGGAAUGGGAGGUGUGGCAGACCAGAUGGUCCGGUUCAAUGGAAUACCGUAUUUGGAUGCCAAAGAGGAUCAUGAUUUUGAUAAUUUCAAGCUUGUAGAUGCCAUGGUUAAAGAAGUUGUUUCAUUACCCUAUAAAGGGCUCUGUUUUGGAGAUAUUGAACUAUUAAUAGACCAAUCAAAACUUAGUAUAUUUCCUAUAGUGGACUCGUUGAAAGGAAGAGCAGUCUUAGGAAUGGCUGAUAGAAGGUCGUUACUGAGAGGGUUAAAGCAUUACAGGAGAGAGGCCGUUGAAAGAGAAGAGGAAGAAUCCGUACUAUCACAGAAGAUCGUCAAGUUUAUAGACGAUGACAGAGUGAUCGAGUUGACUGGCAGUGAAGACAUUACAAAUUAUGUGGGAGUAUCAGUGGAGCCGACAGAAUCUAUGGUAGAUCUGUGUUCUUGUAUCCGGCCAGAAGUGUUCAGUGUCGACAUAAAGACAUCUCUUUACAGGGUUAUGGAUAACUUCAUUAAGCUUGGACCCAGGGCCAUUAUAGUAGAGCAACAGGGUAAGUUGGUGGGAAUUAUUACUAAGAAAGACCUUGCCAGGUUCGAGUUGUAUCUACAUUAUUCGAAGCAUGGCAAUCCAUUCUUAAGCAGUAGGGAUGAAGUGAUUUUUGCCAGAAUAUGGGACUUUUUACUCAAGAUCGAUAGUUGGUGGAAGCAGAUAGUGAGGAAAAGACAAACAAUAGAUAGAGAUGAGGCUGAUGUAAGCAGCGAAUUGAGUGUUCAUGUUAGCCAAUGA